UGAAGUCCCCCGCUCCGCAUUGGAUCAGUUGCCUCCCAAUCCUCGGGUCUCCAAUAUUAAUCGUCGACGCGGGCUAGCCCCAUCUUUCCCACGACCCGGGACGGCCAGUGUUCCCCAGUGGGAACAAGUCCCCGAGAACCCCCGCCAUCUCGAACCUGCAUUUCGGCCGACUUGUUGCCGAAAGCCCGGCAAUUAAUCAAUGAUGUCUAUCUCGAUCACCCAUUUCCACAUUUUCCCGGGUGGCCAUUGGCCGCUCUGACCUUGUUUUUUGUCCAACAAGGGAAUGAUUAGCCAAAACAACCGGAACGUCUAAAAGCCGUAUUUCCUUCUUCCGUGCCCACGAUUGGCAAGCAGGGACGGAAAGGGUGAAGCACUACUUAAGAGAUAACAAAUCCGCCAGCCUUGAAAUAGUUUUGACAGGAAUUUGUUGAUACUGCUGCAACACAUCUCCCAACUUAUGAUCACCAUGCAUCUCAGCUCGACAUCGUUACUCGGCCUGGCAGGGCUCAUCUCCCAUGCCUCGGCCCACGGCCUUGUUAGAGAGCCGGCAACACGUGGGCCGGGAGAAGCCACCGAGGCAGCAUGCGGCAAGGUCAUGGUUGAUUUUUACCGGGCCGACAAUACGUCCUACCCCGAAGCUCUGCUCCGAGCCAACCCAGGCGGCUUGGAGGCCCCGUAUGACCCCGAGAAUUGCAAUCUCUGGCUCUGCAAAGGCUAUCAGUUUGCCGACAACGCCAACGUGCAAAGCUAUACCGCCGGCCAGGUAGUCGAUUUCGAUGUCUGGAUCCGAAUUCCGCACGAAGGUCAUGCCAACGUCUCGGUCGUCGAUACGGCCACCAACAGCGUGAUCGGCACGCCUUUGGUUGCCUGGCCCGACAAUUACGCCGGCUCCGCCACCCCCCCAGAAGACCAGACAAAGUUCAGUGUGACAAUUCCUGAGCUCGGGGACCAAUGUACCGAGGCUGGCGCUUGCGUCAUCCAAUGGUACUGGUUCGGGCAGGGGCAGACAUACGAGUCGUGCGUCGACUUCAGUGUUGCGCCAGCUACGACAGAGCCAGAACAUUCCCACAAGCACAAGAUCAGGGGUCAAACUCGGGCCUAGGUUUUAGUGUAAGACAAGGAGACGACCAUAUGCGGUAGAAUGCUCAGUUCAUGGUCCAAGAAUACUGUUAUUUAUAAGAGUGCUCGUUGUAGCUACAACACGAACCUUGAGGACGCUUUGAGCAAUUUCGCAAAUACCACUAUCGAAACGACCGUAUAUUGUCGGGGAGAGAAUUCCCAUAUUGACAGAGCCUCGCCCCCAAGGCUAACUCGACAAAGCACUUACUCCUGUUUUUUGUGGAACUAUUUGUGUAACAAGCGCAACGGGGUAGCCAACGUGCAGGUCGCUCACCGGGUACUUUGCUCUCUCAAAGUGGAAGAAUAAAAUUCUCUUUGAAUCC